AUGGGUCUUUCCCUACGGCUGACGCCUUUCGGCUUGGAGCAACGCGGGCUGUAUGUACUCCAGGAUAGACAUGACGAGUACUAUGAGCAGCUCCUCCCUCUGUGCAGCAACAGUGGGAGCAGUAUCACCGGCAGGCGAGAUUGUUGCUGCAUCACUGUUCUGCUGGUAGGGGAUCAGAAUGCUGGGAAGACGGCGUUGCUCUAUUCGCUAAUUGCCGCAACAGAUCCUCGGUACACCGCCCUAUCAAGCCUCCUCCCAAUUAUCCAGGCGGAGUUCUCUAACAGGAGGGAAAUACUCACUGAUGCAUCUCAUCCUACUCGUGGUGAUGGCAGCGCAGCAUCUGCAGAACUUGGGCAAACAGGUGCCGCGACCUCUUCGGCUCACGACGGAUCACAGCUGCAACCCGCAGAAACACCCUCAGACGCAGCAAACUAUGCAGCAGCACGGUCAGGAGCAGGCGAGCAGCUACCUGCUGCAGAACCUGCAGCCCCAGUCGCAGCAGUGGAGGCGUUGGUGUCUUUAUCUCGAGAUGAGCUGCCCUUCCUCGACACAGAUGUGGCGCGCACUGCCACGCUUUUUGAUGCUGAAGACUUUGACUUCUUUUGCUUAGAAUUUGGCCUCAAAGAAAAGAAUCAGGGCUUAUGGCAGAGAGUAAAAGACAGCAGAUACGUUCUGCUGCACCUCCUGGAAUUUGGUGGACACCAGCUUGACAGGAUGCACACCUUUUCACAGAUCCUCAGGUCACGCGGUUGCUGCAGCGACAGCAACUGUGCGAGGAGUGACUGCCGCCGCGAUUUCAAAAGGCCCAACAAUUACUGCAGCACAUGCGACCAGGCAGCAGCGGCUGCUCUGCUGUUGCACGAACGGGAUGCACAAGGGGCAACAGCGGGCCCCCUAGAUGCAAACGCGACAGUUGCACCCGAUUCAACAGGCUCAACAAGAGUGGCGUUUGCUCCGGCUGCAGUACCAGCAGGAGAGGCAACAGUACCAGAAACUCAGGCGUUCCAUCUGGCCCAGUCCCUUCGGCGGUCGUUCUCACUCGCUGCGGAGAUUCCUCUGCUUGUGUACAUCAUCAACUGCAGCACGAUGUUUGUUGCCACACCGAACGAUGCACCUGCUACGGAGGGCCCUUCUAUGCAGUUAAGUGUUUCUUCAUUCCUUCGCUUGCUACUACGGCUGCACGCCUGCUGCUUUUCUCAUCCCAGUGGCGGUAGAAAGAAGCAUGUGCAUUUCGCUUGCUCACGUCUUACCUGCCAAACUGCAGCUGCAGCAAAAAAUGCAGAGGCAGCGAGGACAGCAGACUCACCAAGAAAAAGUGCAACACGGGCUGUGUCAGGAUGCUGCUGCAGAGCUUUCGAUGAGAAGGAGAGCUUUCAUAGGGCCCUAGAGGCACUGAGGGCCUUUGUAUUAUUUUUGAGCUCUGAAACUACAACACCAGCAGAGACGGCCGACGUAACCUCCCUCCUAAGUCAACCUUCUGAAUUCCUGUAUUCUCGUUUUCGGUCUAUUCGCAUUAGCCACACCACCAGCAAUUGGGGGCCAUUCGAAGACUGUUGGGGCCUCACCGCAUGCGCUUCUCUGAAGGCUGAGGAGAAGCUGCACCAACAAUGCGCUUCUGUCUGCUUCCUGUCGCGGAUACUGGAAUUCGUGUGGGAUGUGGGUGCAUCCCUCGGAUUCUGCCAAUGCCUUCGCCUUCGCGGUGUCUCUGCAGUUCGGAUUUUAGAACGGAGCAGUCAGACAAUCCAGGAACAUGAGCAGUCGCUCCAUGCGGCUUGGGGCCCACACUGGCAGCUGUGUGUGCCGUCAGUUGUCUUGCUGCUGGCUAGGCUCAUAUCUCUGACAGCAGAGGCCGAGAUAAACAAGGCAGAUCCGCAUGUCACGGGACUGGUGAGAGACGCAAACAGAAGGGAAGAUGCAGGAAAAGGACAAGUGGUUGCAGAACGAGAACAGUGCAACAGUAAGGCAAGGAGGGCAACGAAUGAAUCGGCUCCACAAACGGGUGAUACACCGCUCAAAUGCUUACAGCAGGAAUCACAGGACAAGCCGAAGCUUCAGGAGGAGCUCCUGACGGGUGAAAUGGGCCGGCAACUAGUUUCUUUGUAUUCUGCAUGCGCGCAACAGCAGCAGCAGCGGCGGCAGCAGCAGCUGAACGAGGUGUCCAUACACCUCUGGCUGGCGCACACAGACUGGAGAAAAUUCAUAUCUGAUUUUGAUCCUGUAGAGCAGCAGCAACUCAGACAAAUGCAUCAGCUACAGCAGCAACACUUUACGCUAUCUACUACCGGCGAGGUCGUAUCUACCGGAUGCCUGGAGCGAGAUGAUUUGUUGCUGCUUCCAACUGCUGCUGCUGCCUGUUCCUUCUCACUGCUGGCACGCCGACUUGUAUUCUUAGGUGCUUGCCUCCCCUGCUGCAUGGAUGGAGGACCAUGGGGGCCCCUUGUGCUGCAGCUGCCUGUAGAUCUCAACACCGAGGACGACCCAGUAACUCUAAAGCUGCUUCCCGCCACUCUGAAAAGUCCCCUUGCCGCGCUAAAGCAGCAAGGGCAAACAAGCGAGAGGAAGACGUGCAUGAACCUGGGGAAACUGCUUGAGACAGAGGGAGAGGGCUGUUUUGCUGCUGUGAGGCUCCCUUUCCACCCCUCUGUCGCUCGGCUAGUCGACAGCAUGCUGGGCAGCUAUACACGAGAGCCCCUUCCGGAUGAUUUCUGGGGCACAAUGGCUGCGGCACCAAGAAGUGGAGCAGCACCAACUGUAUCAGGUGUAGCAAUAGAGGAAGCAGUGGAGCCUAAUGCAGAUUGUAGAACGCUUGAAGAUGCGCUACACGCGGCAGCGGAAAACGCGGCGAUGCUGCUGCGGCAGUACGUGAUGAAACAACAGCAGAAGAACUUACAAGAUCACAAUGCCAGCGAUGAGGCCUCGGCUGAGAUUGUAGUCUUAAACGCCUUGCAGGUACUACUGCAUCUUGCUGGAGAUGCAGUACUCUUGCAUCAGAUGGCAACAUCAGCUGCUGCAGCAAAGGGUCAGCAGCAGCACCAACAGCCUUUAAAGGAAAGCUCCCAACGGACAAAAUGGCAAUGCGAAAUCGAGGGUCCCUGGGUUUUCGAACAACAGAUUUUUUGGAGGGCAUCAAUGCAACCGCCAGCAGCAGCACAAGGAACAACUAGCGCUGUAGUAGAUAUCGAAAAAGCACGCUGCAGCCCACCGAUAGCUCAUGUGUGGAACUCUUCUAAUUCAGCACUACAGGUCAUAAGCAGGAUGCUUGGUAUUUAUGGCUUAGUUUGCACGGAAACCUAG